CUUCUGACAAACCGAUUUGCAGUUUGGCGGUUAAAUGAUUCUAACCACACUUCCUUCAAGCUUAACAUUCUGUUUUCCGUGGCUAAAUUGGGCACAUGAGAACAUAGUUUCUCCAAAGUGCAGCCUUUAUAAAGUUACAUUAAUAUAAUGGCGCCCAAGCGAAAAAUCGAAGAAGUCAAAUCCACCCCCUUGAAAACAAAGAGAACCAAAUUUUCCCUCGAGUUCGUCAAACUCCCAGACAUUACCGCAGGUGGUGAGGUUCUCGUAACGGGUUCUGGUGAUGUGGGCCAAUUAGGCCUGGGCCCAGAUGUCCUGGAAAAGUCCAGAGCGGCUUUGGUCAAGUUAGACCACGAAAUUGUUGAUGUUUACGCGGGCGGAAUGCACACAGUGUGUAUCACUAAGAAAGGUAAAGUUUUGACCUUUGGUUGCAAUGACGAAGGCGCUCUAGGCAGAGUCACGGACGGUAAGGAGGAUGCUGAGUUUACACCAGGAGAAGUUGAACUUCCUGCCAAAGUUAUACAAGUCACAGCUGGCGACUCCCAUACGGCAGCUCUGUUGGAAGAUGGACGCGUGUUUGCAUGGGGCACAUUCAGAGACUCUCAUGGAAACAUGGGUCUAACAAUCAAUGGCAACGAACGUUUUCCAUAUGAAAUUAUCCAUGAUCAGAAAAUACUGAAAAUCGCGUCCGGAGCAGACCACAUUGUAUUUUUGAACAGUGACGGGCAAGUGUUUACAUGUGGAUGCGCUGAACAGGGACAAUUGGGCCGAAUAACCAAGAGGGGAAGCGACCGAAAUUCGCGAGCUUUUUCUAUUUCAAAGAAUUUGGGAGGCCUGGUUUGUCCUGGUCCAAUCGUCUUAAAGGCGAGUUCAAAGUUACAUUUCGAUAACAUUUGGGCAGGCACUUACAGCACAUUUAUUCGAGUUGCCGACAAAAAGGAUAUUUACGUGUUUGGACUGAACAACUUCAAUCAAAUAGGAUUAGACAUAACGGAACCCAACUAUAUUCCAAUGAUUAGCAAGGAUUUCUCAAAAUACAACUGGCGACAUAUUUCCGGAGGACAACACCAUACCUUAGGCCUAACAACAGAUGGUAAAGUGUAUGCUAUAGGCAGGAAAGAGUACGGCCGGCUCGGACUAGGCAAAGGAUCGGACGACGCUAAAACUUUAACGGAAAUUACCAGCUUAUCUAAGGAGGAAAUUGUGAAUGUGGCGUGCGGGUCAGCGACUUCUUUUGCAGUUUCCGCUCAAGGAAUUCUAUAUGGAUGGGGCAUGGGCACAAACGGUCAACUAGGACUAGGCGAAGACGACGACUAUGAUGAACCAACCCAAGUGAAAAGUAAGCAGAUGAAUGAUAGAAAAAUAGUUCGAGUGUCCAGUGGUGGACAACACACGGUGAUACUUUCAUCCCCCAUUAGCCAAAAAAUUUAAAAGGUUUAAUAGGAAAAUAGUUUAAAUUGGGUUAUCAAACCUCAGUAACUUUACUUUAACCAAUUAUUGUAUUAUGCUAUAACAUUAAUCUUAAUUUGGAAGAAAGGGCAGUCUUGACGGACUAUUUAGACGGGAUAGUUGUAGUUCGUAGGGAUUGGCCUUUAGCAGGGCUCAAAUAAGAACUUUCGAAAUUUACUUUAAUUCCCCCAUCAGGGUGCAAACCUGCUGAAAUUUAAAGAAAUCAUCAGAUCCUCUUGUCCAAUCAUUUUGGUUGGCCUGUUGACUAAUAUAAUUUGUAUUUAGUACCGCUUAAGUAACAUGUUUGUUCUAGUUUUUCGAUUAUUUUCUUCAAGUUAAUCGUCGUCGAUAAUUUUCGUUAACAGUUUUGUACUAAAAAUUUUGAUAGGAUGUAAUUACAUAUGAAUAUUUUGGUUGUUUCAUCGAUUUAAAAUUAUACUUUGGCAUAAUU